CUCAAAAGUGCUGACGCAGCACACCACGGAUCCACCGAAAGCGGCCAAGAGCGCGGAUUAUAAGCGUCACUUGCCAUUGCCAAAGUAGGGAGCUCAUUGCACGCCGGGAAUGAUGGACCGUGGCCAUGGCCGCUCGCUCCUCACCGUGCUAGGCCUCGGCGUCCUCACGUGCAACUCCGCCGUCGCCGUCUACAGGUCCUGGGGCGACCCGGCCUCGGUCGCGUUCGUGGCCACCGCCUACGCGGCGCUGCUGCUGCUCCUGCGUUUCCUGCGCGGGUUCGAGGGCGCCCGGCCUGGAGAAAGGGGCAAAGCGAAGGCCGCCGUCUGGGCGCUCUCCACGCUGCUCACCGCGAUGUUCGCGUCGCGCGUGGCUCCGCUCAUGCCGCCGCUUGUCGGCGUCGCCGUCUGGGUCAUGGCGGCCGCGACGGCCGGCGGUGGGUUCUGGGCGUUCUUUCUUAGCCCCUGAGGAGUGCGUUGGUUAGUAAGAGUGAACGGCCAGCUUCAGUGUCACUCGCAGUUGGAGACCUGCUGCGUAGAUGCUGAAGUUAUUAUUCUUGCCCGGUUCCGGCCGCUGGGCUUGAUGUGGACAAGUGGUGGAGUGAUGAACUAAAAUUGCUGCCGCAAAAGCGAAGGACAUUGAAGGCAGCCAAGAAUUUUUGAAGGAAGAUCGGUGCCACCAUUACAAGUUAUGGUGCUCACCAAGCAAGAAAUGGAGUUGAGAAGACAGGCUGUGGGUCUCCCAGCGUGCGUUAGUUUCCUUAUGUUAUUGCUUCCUAAUUUAUUUGAGUAUGUUCUUAAUUAUGUAAUAGGACCUAUGUAUCAGACUGCUUUUCUUCUUCUCCUUAAAUGACAGGCACCAGUUCUUCAAAAAAAA